AGCACAAGCGUACCGUCGACGACAAACGGGAUCCUCCCGGCGCCGACGGAUGGAGGAUGCCCCCGCAUCAACGGAACAGCUUUCAAAGCGACGGACGCCAGCGGCAACCCUGUUGCUUGGGUGCUUCCCGGGCAACAGUUUACGCAGCUUUGCGAGACUAACUACCCGUCGGGCUCGGAUUUGGGGAAUCCAGGUAUCCACGACAUCCUUAAGAUUUGGCUGCCGAGCUUGGAAGAUUGCAUGACGGCCUGUGCCUACCACAACGCCAAGCAGUUUGAGAACAUGCAGAACGGUAUCGAUGUUGGGCAGGGCGGAUUCUGCAAGAGCGUGACUAUUGUGAAAAGUGCGGGAGAGUACUGCUACUUGAAGAACGGGACCGGGGUCAACAACACUCGCGGCAACCCUUCUAUAUAUUCGAGUGCUGUUCUUGCGGUAUGA